AUGGCAUCCUCAUCACUUCCUGACGCGCCUCCAGCCGCCUCAUCAACCGCAACAUCAACAACAACACCGACAACAACAGAUCUCACCGUCAUCCCAACCAACCCACAGAAGAAAAUCUCGCUCGACGGGAAAAUCAUCGCCAUCACCGGCGCAAACAGAGGCAUCGGCCUCGGCAUCGCAGACUGCUGUCUCGCCAACGGCGCCACAGCCGUAUACUCGCUCGACAUCAGCGGCGUCGUGCCAGACACGGGCAACAACAGCAACAACAACAACAACAACAACAACAACAACAAAACCAACAACGACUUCGAAGCCGUAGCGGCGCGCUACCCAGGCCAGCUCCACGCCCUAACAGCAGACGUAACGCGCGAAGACGAACUCACGCGCGCAAUCGACGAGAUCAUCGCGCGCGAGGGCCGCAUCGACGGCGUGGUCGCGAAUGCCGGCCGGACGAUGCACAAGCCUGCGCUCGAAUUCACGGCGGCGGAUAUCGAGGGGUUGUGGGGGGUAAAUCUUUACGGCUCGUUCUAUGCUGCGCGCGUCGCGGCUCGCGCGUUUAUCAGGCUUGGUAUUGCUGGGUCUGUGGUCUUUACGGCGUCUAUGGCGUCGCAUAGGCCGAAUAAGCGCGUCCCAUCUGCGCCCUACGGUGCGUCGAAAGCGGGAAUCCGCAACAUGACCAAAACCCUCGCGCUCGAAUGGUCCCAGUACAACAUCCGCGUCAACUCCGUCUCACCAGGCCUCGUAAAAACAGCAAUGACAUCCUGGGUCUCCCGCCAACCCGACUGGGCCACCCAGCUGCACUACUACGGCGGCCUGCCGCGACUGGCCAGCGUCGAGGAGGUCGGGAGUGCGUAUGUGUACCUGCUCAGCGGGGCGGCCGGGUAUGUGACGGGUGUGGAUGUGCAGGUUAAUGGGGGGAUUGGGAUUUGUUGA